AUGGAUGUAUUGCGCAACCAAUUCGGGAGGAAGGGUGGGGGAACACUCCUGGAUGUUCAGCCGGGACCGAGUCUUCGGAGUCAGGGUGGGACUGCCGUCGAGCACAGUCUCUCCUUCGUCGAUCGUCCAACACACAACACAAUGGCGGAUAAGGAUAAGAAAGUAAAGAAGAAGAAGGCGAAAGAAGAUGCGCCAGCUGAGGAGGCGCCCGCACCAGCGGCGCCCGCGGCGUCCGGCGGCAGCGAGAGGCAAUCCUCCCGCGGCAGCCGCAAGGCCAAGCGCACCGGCUCCAACGUCUUCUCCAUGUUCUCACAGAAGCAGGUCGCCGAAUUCAAGGAGGCCUUCCAGCUAAUGGACCACGACAAGGACGGUAUCAUCGGCAAGAACGACCUCCGCGCCACCUUUGACUCGCUCGGCAGGCUGGCGUCCGAGAAGGAGCUGGACGAGAUGGUGAACGAGGCCCCCGGCCCCAUCAACUUCACGCAGCUGCUGACCCUCUUCGCCAACCGCAUGUCCGGCGGCUCCGACGAGGACGACGUCGUCAUCAACGCCUUCAAGACCUUCGACGAGGAGGGCAAGAUCGACUCCGAGAGGCUCAGGCACGCGCUCAUGACCUGGGGAGACAAGUUCUCCGCCGACGAGGUCGACGAGGCGUACGACCAGAUGGAAAUCGACGACAAGGGCUUCAUCGACACCACCAAGCUCAUCACCAUGCUGACCGCCGCCGCAGAGGAGGACGAGGGCGGCGAAGCUGCGUAGUUCCACCCGCGCCAGUCUCCGCCCGACCCGCGGUUCGCAACAUCUAGAACCGACUUUUUAUUAUAAUUUCUAUAUGUAAUUUAUUGUUUCCAUUUUUUUAUUUAUAUAUAAUGAAAAUAUAGUUCUACUAUUACCAA